CUGGCAGCAGUCUCGUAUCAACAGCGGCAGCCGUGCGAUUAGCUCUGGGCUGCAGCGGAAUCUGGAGAAGAGCGUGUUUUUGUACUCGUCUUUUUUGUACAUAUAUAAGCGUUUAAUAUCAUACGUAUAGCCAUGGUUUACAAACGAUUCAGGAGCUGGAUUCGAGGCUAAUUCGCACGAUAAGAAACGGGUGGGUCCGUGAUGUGCCAUACUCGGGGAAGAGCCGCUUACUCGAGGUCCAGGUCGAGGCCUACUUGCUAGAGAUUCCCCUCCUCCUCCUCCUUUCCUCCCGAAGCUGAUCAUGAUGGCUGAGGAUCAACGACAACCUGGUCAACAUCAGAAGCCCAACUCGGGGACCGGAUCUUUGCCCUCCCUGGUUCCGGGGCUUCAAGGGGUCGAGGCCAGCGCUUUGCAGCACAAAAUUAAAAACUCUAUCUGCAAAUCCGUACAAUCAAAAGUGGAGAACAUAUUGCAAGAUGUUGAGAAGUUUACAGACAUCGAAAAACUCUACCUCUACCUUAAGUUGCCUUCUGGUCCCAACAAUGGCAAUGACAAAAGUGAUCAGAGCUCCAUGUCUUCAAGCCGCACACAGCAAAUGCACGCUUUCAACUGGAUCCGCAAUCACUUGGAAGAGCAUCCAGAAACGUCUCUUCCCAAGCAGGAGGUGUAUGACGAAUACAAGAGCUAUUGUGACAAUCUUGGCUACCAUCCACUGAGUGCAGCAGAUUUUGGAAAGAUCAUGAAAAAUGUCUUUCCGAACAUGAAGGCACGCCGUCUGGGCAUGAGAGGCAAAUCAAAGUACUGCUACAGUGGACUGAGGAAGAAGGCUUUUGUCCACAUGCCAUCUUUGCCCAAUUUGGACUUCCAUAAAACAGGUGACGGGUGCGAAGUGCUGGAGCCCUCGGGGCAGCUGCAGAGCGCAGAGGAGGAGGUGCGGUCGGCUGCCUGCGGGCUCGUCUGCGAGUGGGCGCAGAAGGUCCUGAGCCGGCAGUUCGACUCCGUGGAGGACCUGGCACACUUCCUUCUCAACAGCCAUUACAUUGGUACGAAAUCGGUGGCAGCUCUUACCGUGAUGACGGGGGCACCCACAGGGUUGAAGACGCCUACGCAGGCUUCGGCGUUUGUGCCAACGGCUGAAACCAAUUCAUUCCAGCCCCAGGUGAAGACCCUGCCCUCUCCCUCGGUGGAUGCCAAGCAACAGCUGCAGCGCAAGAUCCAGAAGAAGCAACAGGAGCAGAAACUGCACUCCCCUCUGCCAGGGGAGGCCCAGGGAAGGAAGGCAGAUGGUGGGGCGCCAGGUGGAGCGGCCACUAUUCCAAGUGGAAGCCCAGCACUGCUGUCCCCUCAGCCAACGAUUGGCAUCGUUGUGGCUGCCGUCCCUAGCCCCAUCACGGUUCAGAGGAGCAGACAGCUGGUAACCUCACCGAGCCCUGUGGGUGCUGCAGAGAGCAAAGUCCUACCUGUGAACUUUCAAGUGGUCACGCAGCCCAUGCAGCCUGUGAAACAGUCCCCCAAGACUCCCCAGAACAUCCCUGCCAGCCCCGUGGGAGAUCGCUCAGCCCGGCACCGCUAUGCCCAGAUCCUCCCAAAACCCUCGGCCAGCAGCGCCAUCACUCUGCGCUCCCCUACCACUGUGCUCAUUACCAACAGCCCCAUUAAGACUGUUAUGCCAACACCACACAUGAGCUCCGUCAACGUGGUGAAGAUGACUGCAAUAUCCCUGACGCCCAACAACAGUGGCACCAACAUCAGGCCUUCGUCUGCUGGCAACAGUGGGGCGGGACCCUCUGAGGAGCCCAGGCCUAGCCCCCAGGCUAAAAACGGCCCUGUGGUCUCCCUUCAAUCUCCUGUAGCGAAAUCCAGCAGCAUGACCACCACUCCCACAAUAGAGAUCAAAAUGGAGCCUGAAGCCAUAGCUGAUGACAGCCAGGCCCUCAGCACUGACAGGCUGACUGUGACUCAGGAAGCCACCGGUGGUCAGAAAAGUGACAGUGAGGGUGGUGCUAAGCUUAGGGCCGCGAGCGACCCCACCCCUCAUGCCAAGGGAUCUCCAGGUUGCGGCGAUUCGAGAAUUGAUGGGACGACAAGCACCACAUGUGAUGCAAAGUCCCUUUCAAACAACACUGUGGCGGCCUCUGCUGGCAGCAAUAAUAACGAAAGCACUUUGACUCUUGCAUUUUCUAAUCAAAACACCAGCAUGGCUUUGUCGUCCAAUGGCAACACCGCUGCCAGUUCACCUAAGGAAAGCUGGUUGGGCUCCAAAAACCCUAGGAAGCGCUCCACAAGUUUAGUGUCUGAGUCCUCCACACUACCUGUCAAGAAGGUGUUCAUCUCCCAGCAGCCAUUUGUGUGUGCAGAAAGUCAAAAACCCUGCAUCAGUCCCGGGCUUAAGAAGAUUCCGAAGGUGGUAACACCAGCCAAGCCUGAAAGUACACCAGCAACUGCUUCUGGCAAAGUGACGGUGAAACUCAAUUCCACUGCCCCCACGCGAAUCUUGGCACUUUCUGACACUCCUAUUGCCACCACCAGUGGCUUCCAGACUGUUGUCAAACCACAGACACCACAAGAUAUCAAAGUUAAACAAGAAGGAGCACCAUCUAACAUGGAUACCAGCAUUCUACCGCGUAGCAGCUCUGAUCAAACAUUAUUGCAGCAUAUCACAAGUAACACCCAGGUUGUGUCCGUCAGCUCAGGCAUGCUUGAAACUUCAGAGACUAAUGACUUGAAGAACUCCAUGUGGGAGGCUGGGCAGCUUGAAGGUGUACAGCAACAAGUUUACUCUCAGCAUGUCCAGGGCCACAAGCAGGUUCAGACACCAGGGUUGGAGCCCCUUCCCAUGAUGUCCCAGGCUUCAGCUUCCAGUCAGUUGUCCCUCCAUCCAGAUAUGGUUGACUUUGCAGGAUCUCAGCCCAAUGAAAACUAUUUUCCUUUCGAUGAUGAGAUGACCCAGGACAGUAUUGUUGAAGAGCUAGUAUUAAUGGAAGAACAAAUGAAGAUGAAUAGUAAUUUGCAGCCUUACAGCAGUUGUAUUGAUAUAUCACUGCAGGGUCCGUCGACGGUUACCCAGGGGACGAUCAUGUCAUCCCAUCAAGUGGUUACAUCUUUCUACCACUCAGCCCACAGCAGCAGCACGCCCAUCCACACCCCGACUCCCACCCCGACUCCCACCCCUACUCCUACCCCAACUCCCACCUCAGAAAUGAUAGGGGGAGGCCAGGGCAUGUCUCGGGAAAGCCCGUGCUCACGGAUUGCCCCCACCACUCCAGUAGACAGUGCCCUGGGCAGCAGUCGCCACACCCCUAUUGGGACCCCACACUCCAACUGCAGCAGUAGUGUGCCCCCCAGCCCGGUGGAAUGUAGGAACCCUUUUGCUUUCACGCCCAUCAAUUCCAGCAUAACUGGGUACCACGAUGCCAGCAUAGUCUCCAGUAGCCCUGUGAAACCCAUGCAGAGGCCCAUGGCUACCCACCCAGACAAGGCCAAAUUGGAUUGGAUGAACAACGGGUACAACAGUGGAGGGGGAAGCUCUGCCAUUUCAAACAACAGCAUAGGUAUCCUCCCCAGCUAUCAGGAUCUCGUGGAUGACCACUUCAGGAAGCCACACGCCUUUGCCAUUCCUGGGCAGUCCUAUCAGUCCCAGUCAAGGCAUCCUGAUGCGCACUUUGGACGCCUGACGCCCAUCUCCCCAGUGCAGCACCAGGUAGCUACCAUGGGGAACCUCAACAAGCAGGAGGGUUUCGCAGUGCCUGCACCCCUGGAUAACAAAGGGACGAGCUCGUCGACGAACAGCAACUUCCGGUGUCGCAGCGUCAGCCCGGCUGUCCGGCAGCGGAACCUGAGCGGAACGGUCUUCCCUGUGUCCAACAUCCCUCGAUCCAGCGUCAAUCCUUUUAAUACUCCUGUGACCCCCGAGGUGCUCAACAUUUUCGCCAACAGCCAGUCAGAUGGCAGUGCCAACAACAUGGCUCAGAGGAGUCAGUCGGUCCCAUUAACUGUGAUGAUGCAAACGGAGGUCCUGCCGGUGCAGAAACAGAGCAACAGCAAGAAGAUCACCAACGUGUUGCUGAGCAAGAUGGACUCGGACAGCGAUGACGCAGUGAGGGGUUUGGGAAUCAAUAACAUGCCCUCAAAUUACACGGCCCGAAUGAAUCUCACCCAGAUCCUCGAGACGACCCCCAGCUUCCCCAGUGCCAACCAUCAGACUCUGGUGAACGCCAGCCCUUCUGUCUACGAAUUCCAGAAGCCAAGUUACCUCAUGAAAAACACCAGAAAUGAACAGAUCAGCUUCUCUUCUGGGGACGCCGAAGCACAAUCAGAUUCUGGAGAGCAGCAGGAGCAGCAGCAGGAUCCAGAGCAGAAUGCGCAGCAACUAGAUAUCAACAGCACUGUCAAGGACCUGUUGGGGGAAGAUGGCCUUAACCCCAGCUCACAGCUGGUGGGCCAGGUAGCGUCUGAACUCAACGCAGUGGCAUCUGAUUUUCCCAAUGACAUCAGGUUUUCCUCUGAGCUCUCAAGCAGCAUCAACGACCUGAACACUUUAGACACAAAUCUACUGUUUGACCCCACUCGGCAGCAGGGACAAUAUGAAGAUUCUACACUGGAAGAACUCAAAAAUGAUCCACUUUUCCAGCAGAUUUGCAGCGAGACUGUGAAUUCUACAACUUUUGACUGGCUGGAGAGCAAGGACCAGCCUACCGUGGAAAUGUUGGGCUAAUGUUUUGUUUGUUUUCUGUUUUUCUCUGUUUUUGUAAUUAUCCACAUGAACGUUGUAUAGCACACUGCAUCAGAAUCUGGACACAUUACAUUUGUCCAGUGAGAAGUGCCACCCUAAACAGAAACAAUCGCUCUUACACAUACAUUUGAAAAAGAUUUGCUACAUCAGAGCAUAUUGCUGUUGGUGUGUACCUGUUCCCUCAAUCCUUUCCUCAGGAAAAGGAAGGAGACAUGAAGUGAUGGCAGUUAUGAAUCUGUACCAUAUAAUGUAUAAAGUUGAAAGGCAUAUUUGCAUUUGCAUUGGAAAUAUGAUUUUUAGUGUAACAUUUGUGUGGUGAUUGGAUGGCUUUUCUUUUACCCUUGAACUUCUCUUUUCUGCUGUCAGACUGUUGAACUCCUAAGAUCAUUAUUUGUCAAUAUGGAAUUUCAUGAGAUGUUUCCAGCACAAAAUCAAUAAGCUGUUUUUGACUGUUCUUCAUAGGAUUUUUUUGUUUUUUUUUCCUCUAAAUAGGAGUUUAAAUUGGUCGUAUUUGUGCCGACAACUGUAAUUUCCUGAAGUGCAGUCAUAAUCUACUUAAAAAGCCCGUCACACGAGAGCUUGUGACUUACCCGUUCUUCUUAAAAAAAAUUUUCACCUAGGGAGAAACCUUUAAUGGAAACCAGGAUGCCUGUGCAUUCAAACAAAUAUUUAAAAAAAACACGACUUGUACCUUUCAGCUGAAAUCCCUGUGAGGUGAGUGGCAUUAUGUGGGAGAAAAGUUAUAAGCAGGUCUUUUUGCUUUUGUCUUCAUAGCAUUUCAGGUCACCAAGAGCAUCAUGUUGCUGUCAGGUGCUGAAUUAAAUACGAAGAUUUAGUGACGUACCAAAUCAGAGGCAAACCGUUAAGUAUGUUGCAGUCUGUGGGAAUUAAUGAAUUAUCAAUUAAAACCUCUACUUACUAGCACUGUUUAUGUUUGGGAAAGGGAGGUAAUUGUUUAUAGAGGAAUAUUGUUUUUAUUUUUCUAAAAUUGGGAAAUUGAGGGAAGAAUUUAUAGCUAUUUCUGUCUAGAACAGGCAAAACGUUCAAGGUCUUUGCAGUUGCACUCAUGAGUUUCAAUUGUAUUCUGUUUGUACAAUUCAAACUAUCUUUGAACUACAGAGAUGUAAGGCAGCUUUUACAAAACUACAAUAAGAUAUACUUUUAAAGGAUGAUGAAAUAAUUGAUGAAAUAUUCAAAGAAUCUUCAUUGAUUUGGUUGAGAUUAAAUCAUUUUCUUGAUUUUUACAUUUUUAGAGGAUGCAGGAUAUUUGCCAGGUUAUGUGUAUUUUGCUUUAUUAUGCUCAUCAAUAAUCCCUUUGCAACUGUGCACAUUUUUAAACUGAAUUGAUCUAUAUAGCGUUGUUUUGCUAUGCACACUGAAAAAACAUAUAGUCCAGAUUGUUUUUAGAGUAGUGUAAAAAUAAACAGUGUUGUGUUUAUGGUGCUGGGAGACAUGCGUAGAUUGAUUCAGACAGUACAUUCUCAAAUUUGACUUUUCAGUCUUUUGAAUGAGUUUAUGCAUUAAUUGUAAAUUCUUGAUAUGUCUCAGUACGUGUGGAGAAAUGAGGCUUUAAAAUGAGAAUUGGUAAGUUAAAUGUAAACCAGUGUGGGUUUAGCAAAUCUGCAAAGUUGGAAAAUCUAAAUUCACAUUAUCAUAUACGGAAUUAGUUCCAUAUCAUUUAGCUGUAAGAUUAGGAGAAAGUUAUUUUCUACAGAGUACUGCCUUUAUUUGUCACACUGUAAAUUUAAGAUAUUUUGUCCCUGUGCAUUUCCCCACUUACACGUUGAGAACACAGGAAGCAUGCUAAAGUACGAAGUCACCCUGAUCUCACACUCAGCUGCAGCUGAAUCGGCAGUAUGUACAUUUUGUGAGCAAUCUGCAGCUGGAUACUCUCUAUUGCAGUAUUGUCUCCCUUCGUUAGAUAUCUAAGGCUUCCAAAGUAAUGAGGAAGACUAAGUAGCAGAAAAAUGUUUGAUUUCUGUCUUUAAUGAAGACAACCCAGGUAAAACGUUUACUAUGUUUUAUGAGCAUUUCUGCCUCAGGUGUGUUAUAGGUUAAUGAUGCACAGGCCCAAAAUAUUACGUUGCUACAGUGGAUAUGAAGUAAAAGGAACCUGUGGUUGCUUGUGUGACACUAACUGAGAUUAGUGACAAUGAAGGAUAAGCAGCAAAGAUGCCUGACUGAACUCCAGCCAUAUGUGUGAUUGUAAGGAUCAUUGUUUUAUUUCCCUGCUUGUAGUUAUAAUAAGAGAAUCUGACUCCCCUGUGCAUUUCCCAUUGGACACCAACCUAGAAGUUUCUCGUUUGGUUUCGCGAUGGAGAAACAAUUAAAAUGGGCCUAGUCGAAUUUUCAAAACCAAGAUGCGCGGAGAUGAAAGUUUUUAAUUGGUAGGCUUCUUGAUGCAGACCUUUCUUGAUAAAAGCUUUCUAGCUACGCUGAAAUUACAGUGAAACAUUGUCUUCCUUGACCACCUAAGGGUACUUUGCAAAGUUUGACUGUUGUGUUUGGUAAUUUUAUCAGCUUGAGACUUAGGCUUUAUCACGAUUUUGUGUGUUGCAAUACGGAUUUUUAGACUCAGUACUACUCAGCCUUAUGUCCAUACCAAAGAAAAGCUGUUAAACUUGAUACUUUAGGAGAUGGACUCUAUGGUUAUCAAGUGAUUGCCCAAUAACUCCCGCUUUCCACUAUAGUAAAAGGGUGAUUUGUUUUAAUGUACACAGUUUGACAGACUUCUGGUGCUGAGCUAAAGGUAAAGGCUUCUGUAGUAAUGGGUAUUAAUAAACAUAACUUUUAAAGUGGGCAGCUUCUCUAACAUUUUGCUAAAAAGCAUGUAGAAAUAAUGUAGCAGGUUACUAAUCCUCUCAAAUUGGUAUAUUGUUCUAAGUUUUUCAUUCCUCAGUAGUCCUGAAAAGAAUGAAUUGAGAUACUAUUUUAAGAAUCAUACUUCUGAACAUGUUGUGCACCUUCAAAAUAUAGCCUGCUGACCAUUUGGAUCUGUAGCAAGCUCAGUAUAGUGAGAUUUUCAAUUCUAGUCCCUUAUUGUAUACAGAAUAGCUUCCAUUUGAGCUGUAGUUUGGUGAUUGUCUAAUUUUUAAGAGAAUAUUUUAAAAAGGUAAUUAAGAUUUUAAAAGGUUGCAUAUCUUCUAUGACAGAUUUUGUGCCCGAACUUUGCAGCAGACACUGGAAAUUCAAUGUUUCAAAGUUCAGCAAGCUUUCUGAGGUUCAAUUAUUGCACUAACCUUUUUAAGAACCUAGGGUUUGGCACCUCUUUUAGGACAAAUGCAACAAUUGAAGCCUGCAAAAAAUAUUUUUAUAAAGAGCUUAAAUGAUUAAAAAGGUGAAGUGUCAUCAAAAAAUGACAACUUUAAUUGUCUUAUGUAGCAAUGUGCAUUGAUCUCAAUGAGAUAAUUCUUUUACUCAUUCUCAUACAUGAGAAUACAAAACAGGAUUUAAAAAAGAAAAAAAGGUUUUCUUCACCAUGUUGAUACAUGAUCACAAGUGUGCAUGUGUAUUGAAUUCUAUUGUACAGUACUAGAUAUUCUUCGUAACCACUUUCUAUGCUGUAAUUAAGACUGGUUCUGUUAACCAGAGAGGUUAAGUUACUCACAUAACAAGUUACUUAUGUUGUUUGAUGUUUACUAAUUCAAAUUAGUACUUGUUAAGUAUGUUCAGCUUUUGAAUUCUGUUCUGUUGAUUUGGUGUUUUUCUUUUUACUUUUUUUAAAAAUCUGAAACAGUUUGAAUUUAUGUGAGUAAAGUUUUUUUUUUUGCUAAAAACCAUUAAAGUAAGCACUGAUGUCUGGACCUUGGUGAAGAAGGAGCUAGGUUUUCUUCUAGGAAUGCACAAGAGCUUCAUUCAGUAGUAAUACAAGUUCUCCCAUGCUGUAAGUUUUCACUGCUCCGGUAGAACCCCUGUUACCAGCAUUUCAUUUAGAGUAGCUGGAUAAUCUCCGUCAGUGUUACUGUUGUCCGUUGUACAGCUGAACGUACAGUAGUUCAAAAAUGUUGCGAUAGCAUUUCAGCAGUUUUUUGUUUUUCUUUUCUUUUUUAAUUGAAAGUGCUCACAAAUGUUGAGGUUUUCUAAGUGGUUUUAAAAACCAAUAAAACUUUUUUUUUAAAGAA